GAGCAUAGGUACACAGGGAGAAGGGGAGAGAAGCUACAGGGUUAAAGACAGAAAAGAGCCAUAGUGGGUAGAGGGGGUGUUGAGGAAAAUAGAUUAAAAAAAAAUAAAAAAUAGAGAGAGCGGGGGAGAGGUUGAAUGGCAGAGGAGGCAUGAAGAGAGAAAGGAAAGCAGGGGUAGAAAUAGGAAAUCAGAGGGUAGAGUGAGUAACACUGCAGUAGAAUGAGGGUUAGAGUGAAAGAGAGAGCCCAGAAGCAUUUGAGCUGCCAGCCUUUCGCGAGCCCCUCAGGAUCCAUCGCUUUCUGAAGAGGCAAGAAGAGGAAGCCACCGUGGAGGCAAGAAGGAGAAGGAGGAGGGGGGCCGAGGAGGAGGAAGCCAGAGGUUCUACACACAAGAUGGCUGCUGUGUCCUCUGCCUCGGACACUGGGGACCCCAGGGGCCGACACCCCCCUGAGCGAAGACUGUUGAUACUGGGGGGACCACAGUCUGGUAAGACCUCCACCGCCAACAGCAUCCUGGGGGAUGAGGUCUUCGACACUGGGACAGAGACCACUCACAGCAACGUUGGCCAGACGGAGAUCUACGGACGACGGGUCACUGUGGUGGACACCCCACCAUGGGCCAUCCCAAGUGACCCAGAGGAUAACAGCGAAGCUGACAACAACGACGAUGCCGGCGCCGAGUCGGACAACCCGUCCCGGGCCCCACAGAGCCUGGACAGCGAGGGGCCGUGCAUGGGGGCCAUUCUCUGCCCUCCUGGACCCCACGCCAUCCUGCUGGUGGUGUCGGUCACCCAGCCCUUCGGAGAAACGGAGAGGAGGGCUGCAGAGGAGCAGCUGGGGGCCCUGGGUGGAGGGACCUGGAGGUACUCCAUGGUGGUCUUUACGGGGGUGGACAAGCUGCCCAAAGAGGUCUUCAUUGAGGAGCACAUAGCGAACACCGGAGAGUCCCUGCAGUGGCUGGUGGAGAGAUGUGGAAGCAGGUACCACGCCUUCGAUAACACUAAGAAAGACACAGAAGAUAACACACAAGUACCCGAGCUGAUGGAAAAGGUGGAGGAAAUGAUCACUGACAACCAAGGCUGGUACUUUGAGGUGAAUGAGUUGAUUUUACUGGAGGAGGAGCAGGCCAGGAGAGCUCUGGAGGAGGAGAGGAUGAGGAUGGAGGAGCACGCUAGACAGAGGGACCAGAUGAUCGGAGGACCUCCCAGAGAGUUGAGACUGCUCUUGUUAGGCUGGAAGGGUGUCGGAAAGAGCUCGGUGGGGAACUCCAUCCUCGGCCGUCGGUACUUUGAAUCGGGCCAGGAGACGGAGCUGUGCCUCAGGAGGCAGGCGCUUGUAUCCGGCCGUCGGAUCACAAUCGUCGACACCCCUGGCUGGGAUUGGUUCUCGGUUCGGCGGACUCCAAAGCGCAUCCGCCAGGAGUCCCAGCGCGGAGCGGCCCUCCUGCGACCUGGACCCCACACCCUGCUACUGGUCCUCCCCGUCGUCUCGUCCCUCACCGCCAGGAAGAGGCGGACACUCCUGGCUCACAUAGAGACUCUGUUUGGUGACAGUGCGUGCCUCCACACCAUGGUGCUGUUCAGCUGUGGUGAUUGGCUGGGCCGCACGCCCAUCGAGGAGCACAUUCUUAGGGGUGGGAGGGAGCUGCAAAGACUACUCGAAUACUGUGGGAACUAUUACCACGUCCUGGACAGCAAGAUUCCUGGCAAGGACAGGAGUGUGUCAGUCCUACUGGAUAAGAUGGAGGAGAUGAUCAGAGAGAACGGUGACAAGGCCUUCCUCCCCAUACAGACAGAGUGGUUGAGCGAGGAGAGCUCUUACUCUUCUGACAACACUGAGCCGGAGGACGACUGUCGAGGAUGCCAGCUACAGUGACACCAUCGCACUAAAAGGAAAGUGGUCCUGCUUUUCAUCCUUGUUCUGAGUCUUCAACAGGCCCAAACGCCAACCUCCAAAGAGUUUUAGGGAAAACAAAUGGCUUGGAACAGGGGAGUCUCGCCUAGGGUAGCUCUUUGUUAGAAAGGCCGAACUGAUUGCUGAGCAAAGGGGUCAACCUGGACUGAAGGUGCAAACUCUCCUCAAACCCCAGGUGGAGGAGAAAUAGUCUGCUUUUGCUUCAAGGGAUCAGAGACUGAUUCCUGUUUGUGAGCAUGUACACAGAUAUCAUAACUGCUGCUAUAGAGACCCUGUUUUAACACUGCAGAGUAAAUAAUUACUCGUCAUUGUAACUAUGUGUUCAGACCACCCUGAUACAAGUUGAAAGCGUAAAAUCAAAACUAAAAGAAGACCGAUUUGGCGCUAGGACUCCCGUCUGCAGUAGUUGUCACAUUUGGUUAUUGUAACCAAAAGGACUUAGAGUCAUUUCUAUAUACUGUUUAGACUGACAUGUAUCAUGAAUUUGGGUGAUAUUUGACAAUGCAGCCAUCCCCUUCUACAUCAAGUGCCAUUUUUGUCAUUCACUUUAAAUUAGUUUGAUUAAAAAAGGGUUAAAAGGAAAUGGUCUGAGUAAAAGCUAACCGAUUGAACACCAAAUCGACAGUGGGACAAAAGAUAAUAAUGUGUACUGGAAUGUGUGCACUCCAAUGUAAAAAAACAACUAACUAGAAAGAGUCUUGAGUUGUUUGUGCACUCCAGUAUCAUAAAAAGUACAUAUUCAGACAUGAGUGGUAUUAAAAUUCUAAUCAUUAACAUUGGAUUAGUUUCUACUCAGGGAGUCGGGGUUGAAUUGCUUCCUCCAGGGCAAAAUCUGGUGCAUUUACAGAAACGCUGAUUAUUGCUGAUUGCUAAACUGCAGACGUAAGUCACAUAUUAAUACAGAGUGGAGUUUUUUUUUUUUUCUCUCAGCAUUUGCUUUGGUUCCCUGGAAGUAAAAGAGAGUCAGUGUUUGCACUUUGGUUGUAAUUGGUUGCUUUGGUUUUCUUGUGCUGAAAAAAAACUACAUUGAAUCCAUUUACAGAAGUAAAUGUAGCCAUUCUGAGCCCACCUCUGCCGUAGCAUUCAAUGUUGCGAGCUGCUCAGAACAGUUACAGGAAAGGCUGUAUUGAAACUGUGUGCAGUCUCAGAUCCCUGCGGAGCAGCUUGGGCCGGCUCCGCUUCGCUGUCUGUGGUCAUGCAUCCAGUGCAUUUAUCGACAAGGUAGACUCAGCUACGUGCCUCAGCAUCAGAGCGGGAGAGUGGGAGUACUGUAGAGCCCUGCGGCAGGGCAGUAUCCUAAUGGGCUACAUCAAGCUUUCGCAUGCUACAGAAACAACAUAACCUCAUGAACCAUUUGAGCUCACAUACUGUAGGGCUUUUACUACCUUUUUCUACAUCAGUGAGACAUCUGUUCCUGACAUCAAUAGCGAUGUUUUGAAAUAAUUAAAAUAUAUCUAUAUUCUGCUCACAGAGGCAUGUUAAGACAACGCAUGCAGAUAAACGAGUGCCUAUAGAGUUGAAGGCAACCUCACUUCUUAUUCGUCUGACUCUUGCUUGAGCAAGUCUAUGUGAUUUUCCGCUGUGACAUUACAUCCCUCGAACUUUUUAGACCGAAAAAAAAAUAGAAUAAGUACCCACCCUGAAGGGUAAAAAUAAAGACAUAUAUACAGUAAUAUGUGACCGAUACCACUGCCGUGCUGUAAAAUGUUAUUUUCUACCAAUGAUGUAGCCUAUAGAAGGAGCCCUGACACUGCUUCCCAUAUGCCUCACUGACGCUGUGCUUCAUGUAGUGAUGUAGGAUACCGCAGCACUUUGUGUGUCAAGCAUGACUUUACAAUUUGAUAUGAGGAUGUUUCAAACGUUCAUUUGGAGUCUUAGAGUCCCACUUCACCUGUGAAUAUGUUGUAUAAGCCGUGUAUAUUUGCAGUGUCUAACAUUGUACGCUUUUAGCGAAGCAUUUUGCACUGUGUAAGUUCUGCCACUUUAGUGUGACCAAAGUGAUGUAACUUCCUGUGUGGUCCUUCCCAAAUGGUGAUUGUAUCAUCAGUAGCCUACUUUGCUCAUCCUCAGACAAUAAUAAAAGAUAUGGAUAUAUUG